AUGUUGAACGUGCUAUUGAGGAAGAAUGCCUUUGGUUUGGUGACCAGGAGAGGUAUGGCUACAACUACAACUGCUGCAGCUACACAUACCCCUAGAUUGAAAACUUUUAAAGUUUAUAGGUGGAAUCCAGACGAGCCAAGUGCUAAACCUCAUUUACAGUCAUACCAAGUUGAUUUGAACGACUGUGGGCCUAUGGUGCUGGAUGCACUGUUAAAGAUCAAGGAUGAACAGGAUUCUACUCUAACUUUUAGAAGGUCAUGUAGAGAAGGCAUUUGUGGUUCGUGUGCCAUGAACAUUGGUGGUAGGAACACAUUAGCUUGCAUAUGCAAGAUAGACCAAAAUGAGUCGAAACAACUAAAAAUUUAUCCAUUACCCCAUAUGUUUAUCGUUAAAGAUUUGGUGCCCGAUUUGACUAACUUCUACCAACAAUACAAAUCUAUUCAACCUUACUUGCAGAGAUCAUCGUUUCCAAAAGAUGGGACAGAAGUGCUGCAAAGUAUUGAAGAUCGUAAGAAAUUAGAUGGUCUUUACGAAUGUAUCUUGUGUGCAUGUUGUUCCACUGCAUGCCCAUCGUAUUGGUGGAAUCAGGAGCAAUACUUGGGGCCCGCUGUGCUAAUGCAAGCUUACCGUUGGCUCAUCGACUCUAGAGACCAAGCUACAAAGACAAGAAAGGCUAUGCUAAACAAUUCCAUGUCACUAUACAGAUGUCAUACCAUCAUGAACUGCACAAGAACUUGUCCAAAGGGUUUAAAUCCUGGUUUAGCCAUUGCCGAAAUCAAGAAAUCUUUGGCAUUUGCCUAG